UCUAUGUCAUUUGCAUUUGAUUUGCAACCAAAACUGGUACCACUCACACACACACACGGUACAUUAACAUUGGAGUGUUAGCUCUCGGCCACAGUAGCAGCUGCAGGGCAUUUUAAUCUUCCAGCCUUCACCAGCCAACCAGUCGCUCCACUGGGAAAAAAGGCAGACUCCUCUGGUGCUUCUCGGAGGGGUAUCGGAUCAGAACUAAAGCGCCCUGUGACGUGUCGGAGGAAAUGUCAGAGCCAACAGGGGAGCUCUCCAGUAAGGCCUUCAUGGCCCGCUUGUCUAAUGUUUACCUCAGCAUCGUGGCCCUGUUCUGCUUUAAACUCUUUGUUAAGAUCUCGCUCAACUUGCUGACGUACUUCUACAUCGUCCGUGGGAACCGCAAAGAGGCUGCCAGGAUAUCAGCAGAGUUCUAUGACUAUGGCCAGAAACACGGACCCUGGUCGUACCGCUCCCCCCUCCAUGAUGCGGCGAGUCAGGGCCGCCUCCUGACUCUGAAGACCCUCGUUUCACAGGGUCACAGCGUGAAUGCUCUGACUGUAGACCAUGUGACACCCCUCCACGAGGCCUGUGUGGGAGACCAUGUGGCUUGUGCCAGAGCUCUCGUUGAUGCCGGAGCAAAUGUCAAUGCUUUGACAAUUGAUGGAGUCACCCCUCUGUUCAACGCCUGUGCAGCGGGCAGCGUGGCGUGCACCGAGAUUCUCUUGGAAAAUGGAGCGAAACCCCAGAGCUUUGACUGCCAUCCAUCACCAAUCCAUGAAGCCACCAGCAAAGGUCAUUACAGCUGUGUGGAGGCUCUCAUCACUUGGGGUGCAGAUGUGGACGUGGACAUUCCUCACCUGGGCACGGCGCUCUACACGGCCUGCGUCUGCCAGGAGCUGGAGUGUGCCAGGAGGCUCCUGAGGGAAGGUGCAAGUGUACAGAAAGGCAAAUCUCUGGACUCACCCUUACAUGCAGCUGCAGAGAAAGACUUCACAGCCGUAGUGAAGCUGCUGCUGGACUUUGGUGCCGACAUCAACGGCAGGAACGCACAGUUUCAGAGGCCAGUGGACGUGGCUCCGCCCAGCAGUCUAACCGAGGGGUUCCUCCUGGCAUACGAAGUUACACCAAGACGCCUGAAGCAGCUGUGUCGUCAGGGCAUCAGGGGCUGCGUGGGCCGGGACAGACUCCGCCUUCUUUCCCACCUGCCGCUGCCCGACAGGCUGAGGAACUACCUGCAGUACCAAUGACAACUAACCCGCCUGAAAGAGACCUGAAGAAGUCAGCCUUCGUCUCAAAGAGCUUAUCAAGUAUUUAAUGUCCUUCGAUUGAGGCGCCCAAUGAAGUGGCCCAGCAGCCAGUUACUAAGCGGCCUGCGUGUACCUUUACUACCGACGACCCGGAUGGACGUAAAGCAGAAGGAUUGUAAAACCAGUUCAGGACUUUGCUUUUGCUGGAGAAACUGUUGCAUAAAUAAAACAUAAAUAAAAUAUUUCAUGCAAUUCAGUUUGCCGUGUUUAGAAGAAACCUUGCAAACUUUCUGAUAAUGUCACAUAAAUGCAGUACACUAUACAGCAUGUGAAUGCUUAGUUUUGCAUUUGAUAUCGUGCACAAAUAUUUUAGUUAAGUUUUGAAACCUGGUAUAUUGUGAAAUAUGUUGUAAUGCAGAAUGUAUUGCUUAUUUUGAGUUUAGGUGGGUGGAUUAUUAAUAGAAUCUUUUUUAAAACAAAAUGAUAUGUUUAAACUUGGAUCACAGGGGUGGAGGCAGCUGAAGUUAUUUGUCCCAAAUAUUAGGAAGCAUCACAGCAUGAGAGAGUGGAGAAGGAGGCGUUGUUUCUAGCUGAUACAAUAAAAUAAAUCACAUCUCAUAAUAUUGAUUAUAUUCUG